AUGCCUCCAACAGUUAAAAGUGAAACACCAGCGGACGACUCUUAUGAUUCAGUUUCACCGAUAAGGAGUAAAUUAAAUUCCAAGUAUAAACAAGAGGAUUCAGACUCUGACGAUGACGAUAACGAAGAGGAUAACUCGUCACUGACACCAGAUCAAAGCAGCAGUAAUAGCAGCAGCAGCAAAAAUAAUAAUAAUAACAGCAACAGCAGCAGCAGCAUCGGCAAAAAUAAUAACAACAACAACAACAUUAGUGCAGCAAAAAGGAAAGUUACUCGUCGUUCAGUGGCAUGCAAGAGUUGUCAUGCAUUGAAAGUAAAGUGUACACCAUCCAAUCCUGAUGACCCAGGAGCCUCGUGUAUUCGGUGUUUGAAUGCCAAAAGGAAAUGCGAAAUAGACCUCAAUCAGACUAGAAAGAGAAGAAAGAAGGCUGAGAUUUUGGAAGCAAAAAGGAGGGAAGCAGAAGAGAAGGAAGGAAGUCACCUGCCAAGAACCGAAAGACAUCUGCUGCCACAACCACAGGUGCAACAACAGCAGGUGCAACAACAAUCACAACAAUCUCCACCACCACAACAACUUGCACAACCACCACCUCAACUUGCACAAGCACCACAACCGCUUGCACAACCACCACAACCACUUGCACAACCACCACCACAUGUAACUUUACCACCACCUCCACCUCAACUUGCACAACAACCUCCACCUGUAACUUUACCAUCUCCUGCACCAAUGCCUUUACAUUUACGUCAAGCAGUGCCACCUGUCUCAAGCAAACUAAACCCCACAUUCAGUCCCCAAUACUCACAUCCACCAUUACCCUCACCAGAGAGCCGAGACCAGGAAAUUGCAAAUUUGAGACAGCGUGUGCGAAUGCUUGAAGGCCAGUUGAGGGGCCGCAGGCCCGGGUCAAAUAUCUACUCAGACUCAAGCACUGAUUCUCCACCAUUUGUCUCAAAAAAUGAUUUGGAACAAGAAAUUUCGAUUUUAAGCGAAUCGUCGUCAAAAUUAACUGAUUUGACAAACGAACUAAACUCACUAGCUGAUCGCAGAACAAGUUUAUUGCGCAACCCAAUCCCAGCAGACGUGGUUUCGAAAGGUUUGUUGACAUUACAGGAUGCCGAGUUCCGUUUGCAAUUGUACAAGGAUCGUAUAUUGGGUUUUUUACCCUUGGUGGAAAUCCCUGUGAAUAUUACGGCCGACCAAUUGAGACUCGAACAACCUUUUUUAUUCAAUGCAAUCAUGUCUGCUAGUAAUACAGUGAACCCCAAUGCAAUUAAUGUUGACCACGCUUUAGCAUUGGACAAUGAAGCCAUCAGAUCUGUUUGCGACGAAGUAUUGGUUGUGGGAACAAAAUCGGUCGAAUUGAUCAAAAGUAUCCUUGUAUUAAGCUUGUAUUAUAACUCACCCGAACUUUUCCGUGAGCGUCGAUACCAUUUACUAAAUACGAUUUGCGUAUCACUCUUGCAUGAUCUUGGCAUUGUUGCAAGACCAACAUUUACAUUCACCGAUGGCUCGGUUAAGCAAGACUCCGAGUCGGAGCCAAGCGAGGAGUAUAGAUCGUUGGUGUUGAUCAUUUACUUCAACACGGUAAGCAUAUGUCUUAUUUUGCGAAGAUCAAUUUAUAUCAAAUGGACCUCGUAUGUUGAAGAAUGUUGCUGUACGCUUGAAAAAUCACAAUUUGAAAAAUAUCGCAAUUUGGCAUUAUUUGCAAGGAUCAAUGCUGCGUUGGAGAAAAUUCACCAUAUCAUCCAUUCUUCUGAAAUGGAUGAUAAGAGAUCAUCAACAUCAGAUUACAUCAUCAAUGAGUUACAAGUUCGUUUAAAUGAGUUGAGAAAAAAGAUCAAGGACGAUGAUCGUGUGCUCUUGUCUUAUUUCUAUUCAGUUGUUGCCUAUCUCCAUGAGCCAAAUUUGAGCCACAUGUUCAACUAUGAACAUGGCCGUUUAUCUACCCGUGCAAUCAAGGCUAUAUCAAGUUGUACAUCAUCUUGUCUUGCAGCAUUAAAUGAGUAUACAAAGUUGGAACCUGAAGAAGUUGCCCAAAUGCCAUUGGCGUUUGGCUCUCGUGUAAUGUAUACUGGUGGUAUGCUAUUGCGAUUGCGUAAUCUCAUCAUGACCAUGCCUUCAUACAUUGACAAGGACCUUGUUCCACGAGAUGCCGUGUUUAGUGUACAAAAGGUGUUGCGGUUGGUUGAGCAAUCGCACUUGCAACAUCCUGUUAACUAUUUGUUGAAAAAGACAAGACUUGUGAUGCAAUUGUUCACUCAAACGUACGCGACUCAAAUUGAAGAGCUACUCUACAGGAAUAAUGAGACCCCGCAAAAUCUCAAACCAGUCAAUUCUGAGAAACCAUUGGACAUUUUAUCGCUUGCGGCAUACCACCAGCCAUAUCAACAGCCAGUGCCCAACAAGACACCGCGUGACGAACACUAUUUUCGGGAAUCUAGACUUCCGCUGGUAUCAAUGGAACCAAAUAUAUACAAUACUAUAAACGACGAGUUUUGGAGCAAUUUGAUCAGCACCGAUGCAGACCAAAUAAAUUUUAUAAACAAUAACGGAGUUAACGAUGAGAUUUUCUUUAAUUAG